GUCUUGCAUCAUUGGGGACCGAACCCCCUUUCAUCUAUACUCUGACUGCAGCUUAGAGCGCCGCCGUCGCCGAGCCGUGCCGCCGCCACACUAUAAGGCGUCGCUCCACCGCCACCAAUGCAAUCCCUUUUACUACCUGCGCAAGAAUCCUAUUUGCUUCUCCGAAUAUUGAACGGGAGCUUCCAAGCCCUAGACUCGUUGAAGGAUCAAAUUUCCCUCUAUUUUGCCCAGUUUUUUUGCUCCAAAUCUGGCUUGGACUUAAUAGACUCCAGGAGUAUAAGUUGCGAUCGAAAUGAGAAGAAGGAAAUUUCAGAUGGGGAAGGAGAGCCGAGGGGCGCAGUUUUCAACGCAUUGGACGCAAUGUUAAAGGGUAGUUUGGAUCGCUUAAAAACUAUGAGGGAAAGCAUAGCUUGGGGCCAUACUGGUAGUAGUGAUGCCAUCUUGGAAACAAAGUACAGCAGUGAUAUAACUAUGAUAAAAGCUUUGUGCUUGGAAGGUAAGUUAGGAACAGCUUUAUGGCUCUGGAGGACAAUGGUUCAACAGCUUAGAAUUCCUGAUGUCCUCACUCACAAUUACCUUUUAAAUGGACUUUGCAAAAGUGGUGACCUGGGGAGGGCAGAGUGGCUUGUUAAGGAGAUGUUACACCAUGGUCCUUCUCCUACAUGUGCUACAUACAACACUUUGAUGAGUGGUUAUUGCCUUGUCAAUAAAGUAGAUAAGGCUCUAGAUCUCUUUUCUACCAUGGCUGACCAUGGAAUAAGGCCAAAUAGAGUCUCCUGUAAUAUUCUUGUACAUACCCUUUGCCAGAAGGGCUUGUUGGAGGAUGCAAGAAAGCUGCUUGAGAAAAUAUUGGAGGACGGCAGUGAUGGCAAGACGUCGGAUUUAAUCACUUCAACUAUACUUAUGGAUGGUUAUUUCAAGACUGGAAACAUGGCUGAAGCUCUUACUUGUUGGAAUGAUGUAUUCCAAAGGGGUAUUGAGGUGGAUGUUGUCGCAUACAAUGUUAUGAUUCAUGGUUUCUGUCUGACUGGGGACAUAAACCUUGUAUAUAAAUCCUUGUGCGAGAUGUUUAAAAGCGGUCACCUUCCAGAUAUUUUCACCUACAAUACUCUUAUUAGCAAUCUUUGCAAGUCAGGCAGGACUAAUGAGGCUUGUUAUGUUUUCAGUGUUAUGUCAAGGAUGGGUGUUCCUCCUGAUCACAUCACUUACAAAAUGAUUAUCCAAGGUUUGUGUAUAAAUGGGGAUGCACUUAGAGCAAAUCAUUUUCUUUCCCACAUGUUGGAGGAUUCACUAAUACCCAAACCUCUUAUUUGGAAUGUAAUAAUUGAUGCCUAUGGGAAAUGUGGGGAUGUAGAAAAAGCAUUCUCUGUGAAAAAUCAAAUGACUGAAUUUGGUGUUCUGCCCAACAUUUACACAUACAAUGCCCUGAUUCACACACAAAUAAGAAAUGGGAAUAUUGAUAAGGCUCAUUAUCUGAAGAAAGAGAUGAUCUUAAAUGGUAUUUUCCCUGAUUUGGUCACAUACAAUUUGUUGAUUGGUGCUGCUUGUAAUUUUGGUCACAUAAAUUCUGCACUCCAGCUACAUGAUGAAAUGCUGAGGAGAGGGUGUAAUCCAGAUAUAGUAACUUAUACUGAAUUACUGAAGUGUUACUGCAUGCGGAACAAAAUGGAAGAGGCACAAGAGCUCUUUUUCAAGGUACAGAGUUCGGGCUUACCAAUUGAUCAUGUGCCAUUUCUAGUACUCAUGAAGAAAUACUUCAAGAUGCGGGAGCUAGAUAAAGUGUUUGACCUUUAUCUAAUCUGGUCAAGAAUGGGUACUUGAGCAGUCUAUGACUGAAAAUCAUGUAUCCAAUCAUGUCGAAAUAUGAUAUCACAUUUCUGCGAUCCAGCUUUUUACUGUCUGCUAUGGCUGGGGUCCGCUCCUCGAGGGGAUAAAACUUCUCCAACCUAAGGUAGGUGCUGUCACAAGCGGGGAGAAAUCAUGGAAGUGCCUGUGAAAGAUGGUUUCCCAGUUUCCCUACGUAUUAUCACUUGGAACUCCUGGUAAUUCAACAGAAACGGAAAGGAGAAUGCAUUAAUGUUUUUGAUCCAGUGAUGAGAAUUGCUACCUCAUGGUGUUCCACAUGAAUAUAUUUCGUGUUCAAAGUCUGAUCGCAAGAGUGCUGGCAGCUAUAGUUAUGUGACAUAUCAACUAUACUGGCUUGGAAACUUGAUGGGGAAGUUGGAGACGUAACUAU